AUGAGACACAGGGACCUCCACAUACAAGAAAACAAUGAAGACUUGGUGGAGUCCAUGUUGCAAGAAGAAGAAGACAGAGCCUUGCGCAGGAGCCUGGGAGACCUACAGGAAGCUGCAGCCGCUGACACCAAGGCCAUUCAAGACAUCGGUAGGAAGCAGCAGCAAGUGCCUCUUGAGGACUUUCUCAUUUUGCUGCUGCAGCAGCAGUGCAGCGCCAGCAGCUCAACUCCUUGGCAAAGCUGCGCGGCGCCGCCCGGCGGCGCGCAGGCGCUGCAGCAGCUGACGGAGUUCCGCAAGAGCCACCGGAGAACUGUGGACGGGAGACUUUGCGCAGCAGCUUUCGUGCAAGAUGAUCAAACUUACACGGAUUGCACUGCAGCAAAGGCCCCCAACGGGACUGCAGACAAAGUUCGAGUGAAGGCGCGGCAGGCCUUCGAAAUGAAAGCAGCAGAAGCAGAAGCCAUGAUAAAGCGGCUGGACGGCAGCAUAUACCAGGCGGACUUGGCUGCGAAGAAACUGGAGGCUCUUUGCGGCAAGCGGCACGAGGCCGCGGAGCAGCAGCUGGAGACAGCCCGAAAUAUCUUUUUGCGAAAUCAAAACUGCCUCAAAAGACUUUCUGCUGCUGCAGCAAAAGCCCAAAACUUAAAAGAAUUAAUUAAAGACACUCGCGGCCAAGUGCAGCAGCAGCAAGCUGCUGCAGCGCAGCGGCCGGAGAACUGCCUGCGGGCUGCGGGAUACGAGGAGGACCCCCCGGCGGACGGGCUGCGGGGCGCGUACUUCGACAACUGCUGCUUCGAGGGGCCCCCCCGAAUUCAGAAAAUCGCCAAAGACGUAAACUUCUCCUUCAGCGGCUCGGGGCCCCUGGAGGGCCUCAAAGUGCACAACUAUUCCAUUCGUAAGUGCGCAGCUGAGGACUUCGCCAAAUUUCGGAAUUGCAGCUUUUGUUUCGCAGGCUGGGACGGCUUCGUUCAGAUUCCGGAAACGGGGCACUACGUGUUCACCACAGAAACGGACAACGGCGCGCGGGUGUUUCUGAACGGACAGCCCGUGGUGGCGGACCGGAUGCCACCGGGAAACCCCGCGGAAGCGAGUGGAAACAAAAGAGUUUCUUUGCUUUCCGCAGUUCAAAAAAGUGGAAAACACUUUUCUAAUUCGCACAGCAUUCGUUUAAUUCGAAAGAAAAAGUACAAAAUCCGCGUCGAGUUCGUCCACAACUCCCACUUUCUCGUCGACAACAGCGACCGCGGCUCCCUCAGGCUCAUGUGGUCUUCCGAAGACUUCCCUCGAGAGGUGAUCCCGUCGAAGUUCUUCUUCUCGACGGACCGGCCGCCCCCCUUGAAGGUGUCCAGCCUGGACCCCGCGCUGUACGCGCUGUCGCUGCUGCUGGAGGGGGCCCCCGCCUUCGCAGACACCGCAGCUUUUGAACUGCAUGCAGUUCCCCCGCACUUAAAAGGCCUCCGUUUUUUGCGUUCUCGAAGAAGUCCAUCCGAGGCCUUAAUGGAGUUUCAUUUGAACUCCGCAGCAGCUCUUUUCGUGGCCCAUCCGCAGCAGCAGCCCUUCCCGCUGGCCCCCUUCGAAGACUACCUCUGGAAAGCCCAGGACACGGAAGAUCGCAUUUUCAUCGAAAAAACCAAAGACAACUCCCAACAAAGUUCUCGAGAAAGUGCUCAAGAAAGUCCCGAAGAAAAGACGCAAGAAGAGCCAAAAGAAGGUCCAGAAAGUCCCGAAAAAGAGCCGAAAGAAGGUCCAGAAAGUCCCGAAAAAGAGCCAAAAGAAGGUCCAGAAAGUCCCGAGAAAGAACCAGAAAAAAGCCCCGAGGAACACUUGACACUCCAAGUCAAAAGAAUUGUGCACAGGGGAGGCCCCGUCUCCCUCAGCAUUGCCCACAAGGGCGUUCCGUUUUUAGUUAUUCUUGCGCCGCUGGAAGACGCUGCAGCAGCAUGCGCUCCUCUUCGGAACUUUCUGCAGACUUUAACUGCAAAGCAGGACUUAGUGGAAUUCAUUUGGAUGGCCCUGGAGGCAUUUGGAAGUCCCGAAGUGGCAACGGUCCAAGUUGAAAUAACGCAAAUGUUUGUAAACGGCGGAGACAGCGGGGGCUCCUUCGAGUUCUGGGGAGUUCCCUGUUUGACAGCAGCAGCAGCAGCAGACGCGGCGCCUGCGGUGCUGGAGCUGGAGCGCGGCGCGCCACUCGGGUGUAUGUACACCCGGAGCUGCAUGCGCCUUCCUCCUCUCCCUGGGGGGCCCCCAGAAACAGUUUGCUGCUGCAGUUUCCAACGGAGUUGCUUCCAUGGCCCACGGCCCUGCUGCUCUUUCUCUGGCCUUCUCCCACGCUGCAUGCACUCACUCUUUGCUGCAGCAGCAGCAGCAGCAGAAGCUGCAGAUACACUUCGGAGCCACUGGGGAACAGCCCCUGCCGCCGGGUUGGCUCCAAGACGAAGGGGGCCUAAAGAAGCGCCGGGGGAAGUUUUAUUAUGGCUGGCUGAGAGAAGCAGCGGCGCCUCCGUGCAAAGAACCGCAGCACUUUCCCUCUCCGCUCAACAACGGGGGCCUCGUGCUUUCGCAUACAGCAGCAGUGAGCGAAGCAGCAAACAAAUUCGCAGCAAAAACUCACUCCCUGCUGCUGCUGCUGCUGCUGCUGCUGCUGUGCAGGCGGAGGCGGGGUCAGCAACAGCAGCAGCAGCAGCAGCAGCAGCAAACUUCUGGUCUCUGUCGGUCCCACUAAAUGGCCGCUAUCUUGUUGCUGCUGAGUUGGGAAAUUGCUGCGGAGUGGAGGGCGCGGGCGGCGCUGCUGCUGCGAAUUUGGAAGUCAAUGGAAUUCCUCUUGUGGAAAAUUUGCAAAUUCAAGAAAGGGGAUUUUAUGUCGCCAGUGUCUUCGUGGAAGUCAAGGAAAAAAUCAUUUUGCUAACUGCUGCAUGCGAAGGCGAAAAGUGCAGCAAAGCCCUCACCACUCUUUUCAACUUGGUGGUUCAAAAACUCUGA